CUCGUUCUCCGUUGAACGGUUCGACGAUCCCCAGAACUCUUUCCGAAAGAGUCCAACUCUUAAGUUUCGAAAAUGUCCCUUAUCAUGGGCGUCGGCAGUGGGGUUCUCGCCCUCGCACUUUUGCUGAUCGGCGCAUUCGCUCUUUGUUACCUUGGUCAAGGUGGUCGCCAUUCAAGUCGCGUGACGGCUAUCGUCAGCAUCAUCUUUGUCAUGAUCGCCAUUUUGCUGUUAUCUUCGCCACGUGGCGACACUCGAAGGACCGAUAUUGAAGCAGAAAUCGAGGGAUAUGAUAACAGGGUUACCCAACGCGCGCUCAUGAUGUCUUCGAUGACACUAGCAAUAGUAUCAGCUAUAAGCGCACUAGGGGCUUUUCACAUUCUUCCGCCCGCAUACGCAAAAACUAUCGAUGAGCACUCAGGUAUCGUGAAGAUUAAAAGCUGAGACACUUUGAUAACAGAAUCGGGAUAAAACCGGCGUCCUCAUGAAUCCGGAUUGGUCAAAUGCACCACAAGUUUUCCUUAUUUGCCCGGGUUGCACUUUAGAUUGUGGCGAAACCUUGGAGGAAAGAGUGUGUGGCAAGCGGUUUUCAGCAGUGUCUUGUCUUCUUUGCUGGUUUAAGAGGUUUUUGAAUGCUUAGAUUCCUGCUGCGAUCGACGAGAUUCCCGUGGCGAGUCUUUUUCUUCAUCGCCUUCACCAGCAGGUAGAGAGGAAAGGAUCGGGUCAAUGCAUGGUUCAUUAUCCUGAAAGUCAGCAGCAUGAGCGGCCAAGCUUAUUGUAUUCUCUUGACUCUCCAUCUGCAAACCAGCAUCGGAGCCUGUCAUUGUAUCUUGAUUGUCGUUUCCAGUCUUACCUGUAGUGAUGGCGUGUUCCUCUGCCAUGGAUAAGGCGAAGGCACGCUGCAGAAGCGCUUCUUCGUCCAACGACAAAGGAUCGACGAUUGGGGAAGGAGGUUUGCCCGAUCCUUUAGCUAUUGUAUCUUGUGCGCAGAUGAGGUGUGCUGCAGCGUUCUUCUCCUCACUACUUGCAUCGUCCGUGUCUUUCAUUUGAGCUUCCUGUCUCGCACGCUCCUCCUCUAACGAUACACGCAAUGCUAACAUGAGAGCAGGAUCAUCAGCACCGUCUGCAAUUGCACCAUCCCUCGCAUACCCUCUAACUGCAGCCUGGCUUGAAGCUGCAGCGGCAGCAGCAGCAAAGCUGCUGGCACCAUUUGUGAUGUUAUCAUC